AUGUCUCGCCCAAUCGUUAUCUCAGGUCCCAGUGGUGCUGGUAAAUCCACAUUAUUGAAAAAAUUGUUUCAAGAAUAUCCAGACACAUUUGGAUUCAGUGUAUCUUCUACCACAAGGAACCCAAGAGAAGGUGAAGUUCAUGGUAAAGAUUAUAAUUUUGCCACUGUUGAAGAAUUCAAACAAAUGAUUGAUGCUAAUAAAUUUAUUGAAUGGGCUCAAUUUUCUGGUAAUUAUUACGGUACCACUGUCGAUUCCGUUAAAGAAGUUAGUUCUUCUGGUAAGACUUGUAUCUUGGAUAUUGAUAUGCAAGGUGUUAAAUCUGUCAAAGAUAAAACUGAUUUGAAUGCUAGAUAUUUGUUUAUUGCUCCACCAUCUAUUGAUGAUUUAAGGAAAAGAUUGGAAGGUAGAGGUACUGAAACUGAAGAAUCUUUGAAUAAGAGAUUAUCUGCUGCUACCGCUGAAAUGGAAUAUGCUAACACAGGUGCACAUGAUAAAAUUAUUGUCAAUGAUGAUCUAGAUAAGGCUUAUGCUGAGUUGAAGGACUUUAUUUUCGGUAACUAA